UCAGUCGGAAUGACAGGUUUCGUAACCUGAAAAGUCAUUAACUUUAACAAUUAAUAUCUCGCUUCGCAGGGCAGAGCGACUUUUUUUUCUGCCAGAUUCUUUCGUUUUAGACUAAAACGCGUCGAUUGAGUCUAUUUUUAUCAAAAUCGGAGGUGAGGAUUUGCAGAAAAAUAACAGUAAUAUUUGAUUUUAUUACUCGUUGCUAUGAUAAAAUGUCUAAUACAUUCACACCGUUCGUAUACUGGGCUCAAACGGAGAAUCAAAUUACAUUAAAAGUAGACUUGACUGAUGUAAAGGAUCUUAAUGUUAAUCUAAAGGAAACUGCAUUGCAAGUUACAGUUUAUGGACAGGGAGCUAGAGGUCUGAAUAAUUACAAUUUUAAUCUAAAUCUUCAUUCACCUAUUGAUCCAAAUGAAAGCAAUUAUAAAGUGAUCGAUCGUCAAGUAGACUUUAUCCUGAGAAAACAAGCUUGUGGCUGGUGGCCAAGAUUAACGUGCCAGCCACAAAAACCUUCAUGGCUUAAGAUUGAUUUUGAUAAAUGGAAAAGUGAAGACAUGGAGGACAAUGAAGAUGAGAAACGUGACAUUCGUGAUGAUUAUCCAGACAUGUAUGAUAAGUUGCACAAAGAAGAAUUUGGCUAUAGAAAAGAAGAUUUUGCAAAAGUAUAUCUAGUUAUAUAUAAUCUCUAUCAAUUUGUUGGCUUUAUUUAUGUGCUUGCUGUAAUGGGUAUAAGAUAUUCACGAGAUGGGCCAGAUUUUAUGAAAGAAACAUACACGACAGUUGGCAAUCCACUCAAGUUUAUACAACUUUUACAAUUUUUAGAGGUAAUGCAUCCCUUAUUUGGUUAUACGAAGAGUAGCACACUUGUGUCUUUCUUACAAGUGGGAGGUAGAGGGUUUGUGUUGUUUUUUAUGAUUGAUGGAGAACCUCGUAUACAAAAUAAGUCAGUCAUAUUUUACUUGUUUCUGGUAUGGUGUGCAAUAGAGAUAGUCAGAUAUCCAUAUUAUAUUUUGCGAUUAUUGAAUAUUGAAAUAGCUUUCUUAACAUGGUUGAGAUACACGCUAUGGAUACCGUUAUAUCCUUUGGGUUUUAUAUAUGAAGGUAUCAUAAUAUUGCGAAAUAUUUCAUAUUUCGAGGAAACUCAAAAAUUCACUGUUUCCUUACCAAAUACUUACAAUUUUGCUUUCCACUUUCCGUCUCUAAUGAGACUUUACUUACUCCUAUUACUCUUGCCUGGAAUAUAUACAGUAAUGUCUCGUAUGAAUCAGUUACGUUUUAAGAAACUUGGAAAAACUAAUAUUAAAAGAAAAUAUAAAUGAUUUGUAACGUAAGCAAUUACUUGUUCAAGCACAAUAUUCAUCUUUUUUCCUGUAAUUACUAUUAUACAAGGUAUAGUAGAUUAAAUAGAAUAUCGGUGAUUUUAUGUUUCUUUUGGAAAGAAAGGUAUAAUAAUAGCUUAACACAUACAGCAUUCCUAAUAAUAUUACAAUUUUGUAUAGAUCUUUUAUUUUAUAAUUCUUGGUUGUACAGUCGGACUUCUCCAAAGUUGAUAGUAUCUUAUGCAUAAGUUAAUUUUAUUUUAUAGCAUCACCAAAUAUUUAGUACAUAUAUACA